UUUUUUACUUCUACAGUACUCUUAAUACCCGAGGCACCUAGUACACGGAACUCUUCCUCACGGAACGUUUUAAUCCUCGUUUGUUUUUCCGAUUGUGUAAAGUGUGCUGUGGGGAAAUGGAAGCAGACCUGUUUACUCUCCCAUGGGUGCCAGUGAAUAUCGGUGGAUCUGAUCUUCUGGCCAAAGCCUGGUUCGGUGACACAAAGUACCGGCUUCUGCUGAGUGACCUGAACACUGUGUGGGAAGAAGACAUGAGUGCAGAUGACAUCCAGAGUCGAGCACAGGAUCUGAAUAAGCGUCUGAGGGCUCCUACACAGGCUUUUUUCUCUCAUCUUUGUUCUGUGGCACAGCCUUGUUUCUCCAGUCGAAAUGAUGAUCAGAUCUCUGCAGCACACAUUGUUCUUGAACAGUGUGGUGACAAUCUGACAGUCAAACUCAAGAGUGAGCUGGCUGGGUUGCCGUUCUACUGGGAGUUUCGCUGCACCGCAGCACCUGUUGGCAUGGUGUGCAGGCAGCUGGUGCGCCCCCUGCUGGCAGUGACUAGAGUCCUGCAGCUGCAAGUGGAGGAUCUAGCAGCUCUUUUGGCUCGGAAGGAUGCAGAGAUACAGGACUAUCAGGAGAACGGAGCUGUCCUAACAAGAGCCAGACUACAGACGGAGCCGUUUGAGGUGCACAAGUACAAGGAGAACUUCUUCACAAAGAUUGUUCCACAGAUGGGUGUGACGCUGGACAGUUUGGGCUUUGACUCAGAGUUGCAGGCACUGUACGUGGCCGUGAGCUCGGGGAAAACGGGUCCGAAACGUAAACGCUCUCCUGACAGCAGCCUCGUCUCUGAACAUCACAAACACGUCACGGAUGUCCUCACAGAUGUGGGUUCUUCACUGGCUUCUCAAGAACAGAAUGAUGUCAAAGGAUCAUCAGGAAGACCUCAGGUGGCAGACAGCAAACAGACUGUCCUGUUACCAUCAACUACUGCUGCAGGUUCUGAGGAGCGUUCCACCUCACGGCCAAAGAAAAAGAAAGUAGUGGGGCUUUUUCGGUGACAAUUCAUGCCUCUGAUUCAGAAUAGUGCACAUAUGAACCCUUUAAUUUUCUGAACGCUUAAAAAAUAUUUGUAUUUUUCUUAGGUUGGAUUUUAAGUGAUUAUGGACAUUUUAUUAUUGGUUUUUAGUCUGUAUGCCCAUCUUAAAGUUUCUGUGUUUUAAAGUAAUGAAUAAAAUAUUGCAUUCCUUCUAAUACAA